CCGCUGUGACUGAACGGCUGGAGAGAGACAGAGAGAGAGGGAGGGAGGACGAGAGAGAGAAAGAGAGGGGAAAGAGAGGGGAGAAACGGCCGGGGGACUGGGGGAUGACUGCCGCAUAGAGGGGGUAGAGAAGAGAAAAAAGUCGGAUGAAUCAAUGACCUUUUUGAAUGCUCCUGCUCUGGAUGUCCCGCUGCAGAAACGGAUCUUAUAAUUGGGUGUUUUUUGUUUAUUAUAAUAAGAAAUAAACCACCGUGCUUUUGAAAUCCAUCGACAGGGAUUGUGUGAGGGCAAGUGUGGACAGCCGGCAGCCAAGGAGGAAGUGGGAACCCCGGGCUUGGACAGGGCCUGAUUUAUAUAUAUAUAUAUAUAUUUAUAUAUAUAUAUAUAUAGUGGAUAUAGUUGUUUUUUUUGUACUUUGCAUCAAAUCCAGCUUGACUGAGAACAAACGGAUUUUUCUUUUUUUUUUUUUUUUUUUUUUUUUUGCAUGGUGAAGAAAUGUGGAUUUUGCAGGAAGUCUGGAUGUAAUAUUUUCUUCCUACAUAGGAGGGCAGUGGAUCAUGAAAAUACAUCCCCACCCAAUUCUGCAAGGGCUACACGCACGCACGCACGCACACAGCUCAACAUUGACUCCUCUCAGGUCAGAUUAUCACAGUCCAGAUAGUUGUUAUCCAACUGCACAAACUUGAAUAUUGACACUCGUUGUCAGCCCGUCACGUGGAGGGCUUUUUCACCACACACUGAAACUGUGACCCCUCAGUUGUAUUGUAGUAAAAAAAAAACACAACUUUGCAUUAUCCCUCAUAAGAGAUUUAUUUUUCUCUAGUUCAAAGUAUUUAUGCACAGCAAACAAGAUGGGCAAAGUGAUCUCAAAGAUCUUUGGCAACAAGGAGAUGAGAAUAUUGAUGCUUGGACUUGAUGCUGCGGGCAAAACCACCAUCCUGUACAAGCUGAAGCUGGGACAGUCGGUCACCACCAUCCCCACGGUGGGCUUCAACGUGGAGACCGUCACCUACAAGAACGUGAAGUUCAACGUGUGGGACGUCGGCGGGCAGGACAAGAUCCGGCCCCUUUGGAGACAUUACUACACGGGCACCCAGGGCCUGAUUUUCGUGGUGGACUGCGCCGACAGGGACAGGAUCGACGAGGCCAAGCAGGAGCUCCACCGGAUCAUCAACGACCGGGAGAUGAGGGACGCCAUCAUCCUGAUCUUCGCCAACAAACAGGACCUCCCGGACGCCAUGAAGCCCCACGAGAUCCAGGAGAAGCUGGGCCUGACCCGCAUCAGAGAUAGGAAUUGGUACGUUCAGCCCUCGUGUGCGACGACGGGGGACGGACUAUACGAGGGCCUCACCUGGCUGACCUCAAAUUACAAAUCUUAAUGUUCCUCCCACUUCCACCAGCCUGGACACUUGGAUGCAAAAACAAAAAAAAAAAAAGUAGCUGAGAAUGAAAACACAUGUUUGAAAAAAAUGCAAUCUGAAGCAAUUAAUACCACGACCUCUCUGCUGAGUGUAUAUCAAAGAGAGUAGCAAUUAUAUUUUUGUUUAAUUUUUCCUUUUUUGAUAAUGAUGACUUCAACAUAACCCCAGAUUUCAUUUAAACAAAAGACAAUUUAUUUUUUUGGCUGGCUUUUCUUUAUUUUUUUGUAGUUUGCUUUGGUUCACAUUCUGUAUAAUCAGUACUGUUUAAAUAUACAAAACGCCUACUUUUGAGCUCUUCUUUUGUUUUCCUCCUUUAUUUUUGUAUCAUUUCUUUUUAAGGGGACUUUGGGACACACAUUUAUACGUUUUGCCCCAGCUUAGCUCUUAUUCAGUAUUUCUAAUGACCCAGCUGCAUAUCCAAAGGAUGGGGAAAUUCCAGAAACCAUUGCCUACAUCAGCAUAUCACUUUCAUGGCUAAAACGGCCGCUGUAAUUUGAAUGAAUGUGUAUUAUUAUGGAUGUUUUAGGAAAAAAAGUUUCAUAAUUGAUUGUAUUGGGAUGGUUGAGGAAAUGUAUUCGUACUGAUUUCCUGUGUCGUGAUCUCAUCCUUCAUGUCUACUGUGGCGGUUUUGUUCUGACAGACACUACGUGGACGCUGGAUAUUCACACACACACACACACACACACUGUGAUAUGGAUAUAUAUUUUUGUUGUUUCAGGGUCUGAAUCUGUUACCACCAGUCUUAUUAUUGCCUCUUUCUGUUCCUCCCAGAGCUUCCAUUACUGUUGAGUAUUUGUAGUUUCAGCUGCCUUAAGAAGGGACCCGGGUUACAGGUGCCCUCUAAAAAAAAAAUAUGAAGACAGUUUCUGCGGCAGAAGGUUUUUCUCAACUGCUGAGUUUGCACUUUGGGAGAGGUGGGGUGGUUACCAACUAGCUGGCUGUGCACAUUUAGAUUUUUUCUGCGAGUGACUUUUGGACCUCAGCAAAUGUUUACGAAACUCCCAACCCCCCCCCAACCAUCUCAGACGCAGGUGCUUCAGUGACUGCAACACUGAUCUUCUUUGUUUCUUUACCCAUCGUCAUCUUCCAUUUAAGGUCCUGCAGACACACAUCCAAUCUCUGUUAAUCGCUCAUAGAUAAUGCUGUUUUAUUUUUUUUUUGUUCUUUUUUUCAUUUUUUGUUGCUAUGCUGAUGAAAUAAUAAAAAAGAUAUAUCCAGAUCAGAA